AUGACGGUCUCAAGUAGUAGUACUAGCGAUACAGUAGCUCACAGUAGCACCAUUGAACUGUCGGCGUCUCUCGUACCUACACUCUCUACUCCAGUCGACUCGAAUGGAGCGUCGUUGCUACGUUCAUUCGCGGUGAUUCUCUGCCGUGAAUGCCAAUUCCUAGAGUUUCCAGGUUGUGAUGUCCACGGUUCUCUCUAUACAGAUCAAUUAUCUGAUACCGAUGGUAAAUUACAUGCUAAAUGUCCACGAUGUUCAGCAGCUACAAAUACUGCUCGACCCUUUCGAGAUGGUUGUCGACGAUGCAAAGCGCCGACGAAUGUAGCCAUGUGGGUUUGUUCACGUGAAGAAAUUCAGCAGGCAAUGGAAGCGUUUCCUGUUAUGACUGAAAUUAUUGAGCAUACAAUUAUCAGCUGUGAAUAUUGUCAUAGUGUUAUAUUCCCACGAGCGAGAGAAGUGAUGACUGUACGCACAGCAGUGGAACCAUUAGCAGCAGCUAGUGGAAAACCAUUGAAAGUGGCAAACUUUCAGCUUAGUAUGCCACAUGUCGAUGGAUGUCUACGAAAAGGAAUGCCGUUGCAACCAGUUGCUGUGCAAUUGCCAAAGAGUGAGCUGAAUUUUGUAGUUGACAGGAUUCAAAGCUGUCCAUUGGCACCAAAACUUACAGGCAAACCGCAGUAUCGAUCAAGGAGAGUCGAGAUUGUUACACAGCAGAACCAUCUGCAUCAGGUUGCUAUUCGAAUCUUGCUGACAAUAAUUGGCGCUUUUGACCCAAAUUCAGCUGCUGCAGUCGAGCCUCUCCGACAGGUUGUUACAAUACUGAAAAAGGUCGAGCCUCUUGUUUUGUUUUCCGAGUGGUCACCUCUUCGUCAACUUUCACACGAGAAAGUAUUCCCAAAAGAAGUUAUUUCGAGUUCCGUGUUUGAUGAGCAGCAUACAGCCUCCAACAUACUCGAAAAUGACUCGAAUUUUUGGAGAUCGGCUACCAAGACAGAUGAAAACAUUCUACGAUCAGAUGAAUGGAUUGUGUGUCAGUUUAGCUCCGCAGUCACGGUUUCGUCCAUUGAGCUGAAGUGGCACGCAGAUUUUCUACCGGAGCAGUUUUCUCUUGGCAUUUCUCGAGAUGGCAUGUCUUACGACACGGUGGCAAUUGUGGUGGCAAGCACCACUGAUAGUCGCAUACUCGUACCAAAGGGAGCGCUGGUAACGUCCAUUAAAAUAACAAUGAUUUCGUCUGAUGUGAGUGGGAAAUCAUUCGGACUUACUUUGAUCACAUGCAAAGAAGCGUCAUUUAGCUCGGUGCACACUUCAACAGGCUUGGUGCUACGAAAUAUUCAGCAUUGGCUACACGAUGCAGCUGUUUCUUCUUUGCCUGAAGUCCGAGAUCUUGCGCUACAAGCACUGCAAAGACUGUUAGUUGCAUCAGGUUCACUUUGUGGCCUUCUGCAGCUAGCGACAUGCCUCGUGAUCAAUACUCGCGUAGAAUCCAGCCCUGUGUCUGCUGAUGUAAACAGUCACAGUUGGAAUCAGUUUGAUUUGCUUUCGGAAGACGGACAGUCUUCUGCGCAACUUUUUGUGCAGGAUCUGGCGGCAUCAAUCCAGCGUAUUGUUCUUGGAGGUCGUCCGCAAGUUGACCUUCAAGACAAGCGCGUCAUUGAGCAGUUGUUCUUGCUGCAUGAAGAAAUACGUGCUGCAGAAAGGAAUUCGACAAACAUGGAUACGUCCUGUAGCACUGACUCGUCAGCUUCCUUGUUCACCCUUAUGACUGGUCGACAAGACGUUAUGGAAUCAAUCAAGCGCAGAUCGCAGUUGGGAUUGAUUAUUCUGCACAUUAUAAGCGCGCUAUCAGCGUGGCAAAUGAAACGAAUGCAGAAGGCUGAAGAAUUUAUUGGGAAACGAGAGCUUGAGCUUAUGCAGCUCGAAGAGCCUUUUUCGAUAGAAAUUUGUCCUGAGUUUUUUGCCAUUUCACACCGAUUAUUGAUCAGUGUACUAGACCGUUGGCUUUCAGAUCCUUGCCAGCAGCAACAGGAUACAACUGACACAUAUUUUAAAAACGGAGACGAUGAUGUUUCAGUGGGUGGGAUUCAGGGUAGAAAGGAUAGCAGUCGCGAAAGCUUUCGAGAUCUGUAUGAUGCUUUGACUUCGUCGUUUGAGCAUUACCGAGCGGACGUUGAGAAGCAAGGGGGGACAAAGCGAAUCGAUCCGAUUGAAAUUGGAAUAACACCAGCUCAUGUUCAAAGCGAAAAUGACAUAUUGUCAGCGCCUCCAGCGUUGAAUCCUACUGUGUCUUUGUUAGAACAGCUGAUCUCUCUUGGAACUAAACGUAGUGAUGCAUUCUUUCCGGUGUCACUGAAAGCUGCUGCUGCCAUGGAGGUCGGGACCGAAGCGUUUUACCCGUCAGCUCACCAACGUACCAAAGUGCUAGCAUCGCGUAUGGGGAAGGGUGCAACACUAGAAGUACAAGUGCGCUGGCCUGUACAAGAGCGUGACCAAGAAGACCCGCGCUACGAGAGGCUCAUCGUAAUGAUUCAACUUGAAUGUAUUAAGCUGGGUAUUCGACAUGCCAUUCGAGGCACCUGGUGCUUUUUCAUACAUUUAGUAGUAGAGGUGCCUUCAGUUCGCAAUACGGAGGAAGUACUCACGCAGCACUUUGCUCCAUGCAUUCAACGUGCGGGUUUUUCAUCUUGGCAAGUGGCUGCAGGCGCACAGGAGCUUUCAAUCAAUCUACAACGACAUCUUGAUUGGAACCGUGUGGAAAAGAUGUCACAGGACUCAGGAUCAGGCUGGAUUCGCGUGUACCCUGCGGACGUUGCCUCGUAUGACGAAGUACUCGCUAAUAUCGAGGAAUUUCUUGCAGAACAUGCGACGAAUGGAUAA